AUGAAAAUCAUUAUCCCCUUAAACAACUAUAACCAAAACCAAGCCAAAGAGCAAAAGCCACUAAUCCUCACCUAGAUAGUGAGACCAACUCCAAUCGUACUUGCUAAACCAGUUAUUCAAGAUGGAGUUUUCAAAGUGCCACUUCCAAGAAGACCAACAGCACUUCCAACUAAUUUUCCCGAUCAAUACCAAUAAUUUCCCAAUUAAUUCGGUACAAGCCUUAGAAUGCCUCUAGAAUAGCAAAAAAUGUUUGCGCUAAAAGCAUUUUUCCAAAGAUAGGCCAUGAUCCAGAAGUACAGAGAAAUGCAGCAAGAAAUGAAGGUGUAACGUAUGCUAAUUAGAAAGAAGAACAGUAUAAACUUCUUAAUGAGAAUGAAACAGUAUUCUAAGUUACCUAAGCUUAAGAAUGCUAUUUUCAACAUCCCAAAAGAACUCACUUUCCUCGACAAGUUCAUCCUCUCCAUCGAAUAGAUUGACUAGUUCAUCAAGUAGAAUAACCUCAUUAUCAUUAGACCAGACUAGAUCGAAAUAGAAAAUAGAAAAGAGCAGAUUGAGUUAGACAUUUAGGAGUGUUAAAACGAAGAUAGCACUUCUUCGGAGAAUUCUUCUGAUGAAGCUCUUCAAAAGUCAAUACAGGACUAAAAAUCGGUCCAAAAUGCAAAGCAAAUAAAAUUGGUUGAAUUCAAGAUCCCUCAAUAGUACUUUGAACAGGAGUUGACGUUCGAACUUACCGAUGAGUCCGAUCAGAACGGUAAAGAACUUCAGAAUGAGCCCAAAAUAGGAGCUUACUCUAUGUCAAUUAGGAGUAAAAAGAUUCUCAAAUACAAGCUAAAGCUUGCCUAGAGAAGAUAAAAAUGUCCAAUCAGCAAGAAAUUCAACGGUAGAAGCCAUGUCGCUGCCUAAAAGGUUAGAGUCAAUGGCAAAUUUGUAAAAAAAUAAACUAUCUAAUGA